AUGCCAGCCCCCGAUGCCACGGUUGGUCCGCUACUGGCCACAUCACGUCCGAUCUGUGUUUUAUUCACCGAUGUGAAUACCUACGAUCUGAACAACACCCACCUGCACUCAUCGGAUCUGAAAUCUACGAAAGUUGCCUACGUCAGAAGUUAUCGGGCACCGGAAACAAAGCCGCACAGCAAUUAUCUCCACGGAUAUCCGGCCAUCCCCUCCCCCUCCCGCGGCACCUACAGCCGCCUAAUUUCAAGACAUGACUAG